AUGGAACAAAAUAAUGAAACAUCUGAGGGAGAUUUUAUUUUGCUUGGAUUCUCAGACCAGCCUCAAUUGGAGGCCAUCCUUUUUGUGGUCAUUUUGAUAUCCUAUCUUUUGACCAUCCUGGGCAACACAGCCAUUAUCCUGGUCUCCUGCCUGGACUCCAAACUUCACACACCUAUGUAUUUCUUCCUCACAAAUCUCUCCUUUCUUGACCUUUGCUUAACUACCAGCAUCGUCCCACAGUUAUUGUGGAACCUGAAGGGACCAGCCAAGACCAUCACAUCAACAGGCUGUGCCAUACAACUCUAUGUGUCCCUCUCACUGGGUUCCACUGAGUGUGUUCUCCUGACCAUCAUGGCAUUUGAUCGCUAUGUAGCAGUCUGCAGACCUCUCAAUUACACCAGUGUUAUGCACCCAUCAUUUUGUAAGUCCUUAGCAGGAAUAGCCUGGCUAUGUGGAAUAGGAAACGCUCUUAUUCAAGGAACCAUCACCCUUCGCCUUCCUCGCUGUGGACAUCACCGUGUGCACAACUUCUUAUGUGAAGUGCCUGCCAUGAUCAAUUUGGCCUGCUUUGACAUCCAUGCAAAUGAAGUCCAGCUUUUUGUAGCCACAUUAGUUCUCCUCCUUCUUCCUGUGGCAUUGAUAUGGGUCUCUUAUGGAUUCAUCGUGCAAGCAGUAACAAAAAUUAAGUCAUUCCAAGCUUGGCGUAAGGCUCUAGGGACCUGUGGUUCCCAUCUGCUGGUGGUGUCCCUCUUCUUUGGGACCAGCUCAGCCAUAUACAUUCAACCAAAGAGAUUCUAUGGCCAUAGCCAGGGGGAGUUCCUUACACUCUUCUACACUGUUGUAACUCCCACCCUGAACCCCCUCAUAUAUACUCUGAGGAACAAGGAUGUGAAAGGAGCCCUGAGAAGAAUGCUGAGACUAGAGCAAAAUUCCUAA